ACUUAUCUUCACUGCUUGCGUCUUCUUUGCAGUCAUCUUCGGCGACAUUCUCCUCGGCGAGCAAGUCUUUUCGCCCGUCGUCUUCAAGGCCACCGUCGCCUUUCCGUAGAUCCUCGCCCUCGUCGUCCAGCUUGUCAUCGUCACCGCGGGUGCGUGUUGCGCCAUGUCCUCACGCGCUUCCACACGCGGCAAGGCCGCCGCCAACCUCUCACAACAACCGCCGACCCGGGAGAAGAAGGGCCGCCACAUGGCCAUCAAGGAGAGGAAGAUCCUCGAAGGCACCCCGGCACAUGGAGGUUACGUGUUGGAUGAAGAGUGGGUGCCGGAGGACGUGGCGACGCAGGAGGGGACGGAUUUCGAAGACUCUAACGACAUGCCGUUGAAGCGGAAGUCGUCCAGGCGGGGGAGUGGCGACAUCCACAUAGACGACGCUGGCGAAAGACGGCGGGCAGGAGGGAGGCCAGCACCGGAAGACGUCGUCGACGUUGACGCCGCGACGGCAGCCAGAGAGGGCGGGGGAAAUCGCGCGCCACUGCCACGUAUGACUCCACCAACCGACGCGCAAGAGGGCGUGGUUCGCUUACGGAUACCGCUGACACCAUGCUCGAGGACGGUUGCAGACGUGGCCUUGUCGGGCGGGCCAUCACAGGCGGCGGGAGGGGUGAGGGCAGGCGGGGCAGCGGGUGGGGGGGGAUCGCACACGGCGGAACGGAAUACACGGGAAGGAAUGGAGGCGGCGGCGAAGCUGUGGGUGGACGACCUCUGCUUCGGGAACGAGAGGGAGGGAUUUACGAUCGUGAAGUUAAUCGCGGAGGCGCGCGGUUAUCUUGUGGAUGUGGCGCGGGGAGAGCAGCCUCUGGCCAUUCGUCGCAGCAUCGUCUUGCCUCACAACAGCAUCCCGCAGCACAAGAUCACGGACGAUUCGGAGUUAAACGUUGCGAAGGAAAGGGCGCUGAAGGUUCAGGGGAUCGCUUUGCGAGUGAUACACGGUCCGAUGGUCGUCCACCACACGCUCGACUUGGAUAUGAAGCUGCCUUUGUGGUUCGUGGGCGCCAACGUCAAAGACAGGCACGAGGACGACGGCUUGGCGGCUUAUCAGGAGGCGAGCAUCCAGGGACUGGUGGGGGCUUUCACGAGCGCCGUGAUCAUUGCGGAGGCGACGGACGGCGGUCGUGUGUCGCACGAAAGGUUGAAGACCAUGGCCAACGCGAUGCGGAUGAUGCUCGCGGCGACCAUGUGGCUCAUGCGGAUGGCGGGUGGCGAUCAUCGUGCGCAUUACGACGCCUGGGUCUUCAUCCAACUCACGGCGAAGCCGAUGCUCGUCGUAUCCAUGCAUCGCCGCUUUGACGCGCGUCGGCACAUCGUGCAAGCUGCAAUCGUAAUCACGGACAAGUUGGCGAGUCCCCCCAUCACUUUGAUCGACCCUCCAAUGUAUGUCCCCGACUGGGCGUCCAUCGGUGUGAAGUUCUCACACGACGCCACGCUGUCUUCCCCGAUGGAGGCGAAGCAGGUGGAUUGGCUGGGCACAGGCCCCCUGGAAGACGAAGACGAUGGGAAAGGCGACGUAUAGGGAAGCGGGGGGGGUCGAUGACGCCUUUUAGUCGUCUAUGUAGUUUUUCCUCGCGUGAUGCUGCU